AUGUGUGAGCAAGAUAGACGGGAAGCCGGCAGGAAAUUAGAAAACCAGGAAAGCCGCAUUAGAGCGCUGCAGGCGGAGGUCGAGCGAGCAAAGACCGCCGCAGCGACCGUGGCGCGGGAAUCGAGAGAGAAAGACGAACGGAUUGAUCAGCUCGAGGAAAGCGUCACGCUUCUGGAAAACGAAAAAGACGACCUAGAGGGAGAGAUCGAUGCCUCGUGCCGACAGAUGGGUGCAUUAGCCGGAUUUUCGAACAGGAAGAAAUCAAACGGCGCUCAAGUUGAUGGCGGUCGCCUUUCUUGCAAGCCGGGACAUCGCCAGGCAGUUGCGGUAGCUGCUCAACGGCCACAAAACCCGGAUGGCCAUGGGUACUAUGCUGAGAUUGAGCUGACGGGGGACCCUGUGGCGGAAAUACAUCGAUCGGUGAAAGAGAUCAGCCUGGCCUUUACUUAUAGCGCUGAGGGACGUGCCCCGUGCGGCUCGUGUCUAACUUCGCUACACGACGGAGCAGAUGAGGGACGCAACAAGUGGGGUGUUGAAUGGGACUCCGAGAAUGGUGACAUGUGGUGGACCUGUGAUGGUAUGUACAAUAUCGAUCUUUACAAGAAGCUGCAAAUAACGGGAAUGUCUGUCGGAUCAACGCUGGGUGUUUGGCUGCGCAAUUCCGACAAAAGUGAAAGUGGUUGGGUGCUGUCGUUGGUGGUGAAUGGCGUCCGCGUCUACAAUGUGGAAUGUCCGCUCACUGCUGCAGAUAAAUAUGAUAGCCGAAAGAUGUGGAUUAUUGCCGGGAUAAGGACGUUCAAAGAUUGCACUACGGGAAUCAGGCUCAUGGAGGAUGCUCGCCCUCCGCUGAUGACCGUGGAUUCCAUUUUCGUUUACGAUUGGGAGAAGGGACGUUUACGGUUGCGAAAAGAAACAUUUUUUAGGGUAGCCCAGUGGCGUGACGUUCACGAUAGCAGUCCGAGUACUGAAGCAACGGUGUCGGACGACGAUGAGCAUGAGGAAGCUUUGCUGUUGAAACAUGUCUCACCACAAGAUGCUUACGCUGGAAGAGCUUGUCGCGAAAUAAUUUUCCGCAUGUCGCGAACUAAUUUAUACAGCCUAAUGGAAACAGAUAGUGGCAAAAAGAUGCUGCGGGAACUUCAGUCGUACUUCAACCACCGCCCCCAACUCCGAGAUACCAUUCUGUUACUCUUUAUUGUCGUUGGUCACGACGUGUUGCUCCGCCCUGUUCGAUCCUUUUACAUAUGCCUUCUCGGAGCCUUGAUCGAAGAUGCCAGUAAACUGGGUCAUCGGUUGCCUGCGCUGGCGGAGGACUACCUGCGCCACCGUUGCCAAGUAGUACUAGCCACAAAUGGCAAGACCGGAACCGGAGCGGGCAUGGGCGGUUAUUUUCACUGGAACGGCAACACCCUGACGUGGGACCAUACUGGAAGUGAACAGGUGAAACUGCUCACCCGGUAUGAGGAGGUGCGCAGGAACGCCGGUAACGAGGACGACAGAGAGCCAUCGGCUACGCACCCGACUGCGAGCAGUUCCAGCAGCUCUGACGCGAUGUUGCUGGGCUAAAAACUAGCGUCUGCUUGUUUUGCUAAAGCUCGAAAUCAGAGAUCAUUGGUGGUCCUUUUUGCUGGUCUUAACGACUUGAGACCCACCUUGAUAUUUCGAAGCGGUAAGUCUAACUCUUGCAAUUGCGCAGUUCACGAAUACGAGUAUUGCAAUAAAGCCUAAGCGGCUUGACUGCUCUCGCAGAUGAAAACGAGCACGCAGUUCUUGACAAGUG